GCCAGUAGUUGGUGGUUAGAAAUGGCGUCCGGUAAGCUGAUGCUUCUGUGCGCGGUAGUGCUGGGGUGUUCAGUGAUAUCAAUGGGGGCUCCUUACCCCGAGGCGGGAGGAGAGCCCUGUCAACCAGAUAAACUCACCGUCUACAAAGUGGUGCUACAGACUUUCUGGACCCGAGAUCAAUUCCCGAAACAUUACCCGGACUGGAGACCCCCUGCACAAUGGUCUAAGCUAGUUGGCCGUUCGCACAACAAGUCCUUCGUGCUGUUCCGCCUGGGUACGCGAGCGUCGAAUGGCGUCAAGACGUUCGCGGAGACUGGACGCACUGACGUCCUGGAAGAGCAGACGCAGGGUGAGGGCGGCGUCUAUGAUGAGUUCAACGCGCCUCCCAUCGGCAUUGGCGCCGGGCGCACAGAGGCAGAGUUCUUCGUGGACGGGAACCAUUCCAGGGUGUCACUCAUGUCCAGGAUUGUGCCAUCUCCUGACUGGUUUAUUGGAAUCGACAGUUUCGAUCUGUGUGUGAAUGGCAACUGGCUGGACAGCAUCACAAUCGAGGUGGAUCCCGUGGAUGCUGGAACAGACAAUGGAUUCACAUUCACAGCACCCAACUGGCCGACGGAACCGCAGGGGCUGAUCUACAGAGUGACAAGCCACUACCCUGCACACCCUGCCAGUUCAUUCUACUACCCCUACAUGAAGCGACUACCCCCCAUCGCCACCUUUCAGUUUAUCAAGGUGAAGGAGUAUGAACUGAGCGAGGUGUUCCACCACACGGAGGACGAGAGGCAGUACGAGGUGCUGCGCAUGGAACACAUGACACGAAAUACAAUCGACGUGCUCAACAAUAACGACAUAGAGGCCGAGAUUGAAGAAGAACGCAGCGAAGAGGAGCGACGAAUACAGCAUCUCAGCACUACCACGCAUGCGCCAACCAUUUCCACGACCGUCACCUCUACGCUAGAAGAUUCCACGAGUACGAAUCACAUGCCUCUGGCUCGUGUGCAAGUGCCCUCAGCAGGCAUCAUCCCAAAGGGUGACAAGGACGCCAUCUUGAACAGCAUCGUGGAGACGUAUCGGAGUUCACCAACCAGCAGUAAGGAUCACCACCGCAAGAAGUACAAGGGAAAGCCGAGAAGUAAACUCCACAAAAUUAGACCACCGCGCGACUGUCGGGUGAGCGACUGGUCGCCUUGGGGCCCAUGCAGCAAAUCGUGCGGUAUUGGCGAGAUGACACGGAGACGUGAAGUGCUGAAGCACGCACGGCGCGGAGGCAAGGUUUGCCCACCGUUGCUGGAGACCAAGUGGUGCGGCAGCGCACGCGCGUGUUCGCGUGGCUAUUUCAAUUGGUAGGCUCUUCGGCAGACCGACAACAACUCUACUUCUGCGGCUGUUCCAGCUGUCGCUACAUCCGGUGCGCAUACCGGAAGAAGCGCAGUACCCGUUACUUUUCACGGGUAACACCAAACGCGACGGUUUUAUUGUGUUUAUGGGACUAAAUAUUUGACAAGUCAGCAACUGUACAAGCUCAUUGCAGCCUGUAAAAUACUUUUGUGUCAUAUAGAGACGAAUUGUCUGUUUUUUUAAGACACGUAACCGGAAUUGUGAGUUGCUAGAUUUGUAAUUACUCGAUUCCAAAACCAUUUGCUCUUACAAUUUUUAAAAUGGCACAGAAGUUACUUUUACGUCUGAGGCUUUGUACUCAACUAAAUUUGUUCUUGGAUUCUUGAAGGUGUUAUGAUAUGUACGUGACAGAAUACUGUCAUGGUGUCAUUUGAGAGUUUACUGAAGAUGGCAAGCAAUACGAAAAAAUUGUUCACAUAACUUUCCAAUACAAAUACAAUAGAAAAUAUAAUUCAGUAAGAUGUUAUUUUCAAUUUUAUAUGGAAAUGCUUUUGAAAAUAAAUAAAUAGCUCGUGUAAUGAUCAUAACACCUAUUCAACUUUAUAUAUCUUAGAGUUCAGUUUACUUUACCUGAAAUUGUGAAACUGAAUCUUGAUAAUUGUUUGUGUCCUUCAUUGAGAUAAUUGUGACUCUAAAAAUUGUCUGUCAGCAUCAGAGACUGGACAUGUUCCUCACAGUGGAUUCUAGUAGCACAAUUAUCCUACGUUUUUAAUAUAGACUUGAAUAAGCAAUCGUGUUGUCAGCAGUAUGAAGCUACGAACACCUUGCCAUUAAAAUCUUUCUAAACGCUGGUUUUAUACUGCAUUGCCAUCGGAUGGAUACGUCACGAGUUAACUGGUUUACAUCUCAGUUAAAUGUACAAAAUAUUCUUAAAAUGUGUACUCACUUUAUAAUCCAUGCAUGUGAAAUUGUAUCUACAGAGACAGUUGGAAAGAGUCAGUUAUAUAUUAGCAUCUUGUAUGAAUCAACGGCUAAACUUUGAGUUUCCUGCGUCACCACCAACCCAUGCUUUAUUUAAAAAUCUACGUGACGGUGUACAGGUGAAGGUUACUGCACAGCUCACUUUGUGGGGUGUGUUUUAGGGCUCAAAACGCUACCACACAUUCCACCUCCUCUACUGAGGUAUCGUGUGUUCAUUUUUCAAAAACUGUGGACGCCUUAAUUGUAUACACAGGCAGGAAAAAUUCUUGUGAAUAUAUUGAGCAAUGGAGCGAUUUCUAAACAUAGAAAAUGCGACAUAAGUGUUGAUAUGUUGGGAUUUUGGACUUUAUCCAUCGUCCUGGUUUUUAAGAUAACAAAUAAAAACACGACGUUUC